GGAAGAGGGUUGUCUUUACAGUCUAACUGCUCCUCCCAUGGUCCGGCCCACUCCGGGGGGCACCUCAGCGGGAGUGCUGCGGGGACCCGGGAGGUGGAAAGCUAAGCAUGGGGAAGAGCUGCAAGGUGGUCGUGUGUGGCCAGGCAUCUGUGGGCAAAACUUCAAUUCUUGAGCAGCUCCUGUACGGGAACCAUGUUGUGGGUUCUGAGAUGAUCGAGACCCAGGAGGACAUCUAUGUAGGCUCCAUCGAGACAGACCGAGGGGUUCGGGAGCAGGUGCGUUUCUAUGAUACGCGGGGUCUCCGGGAUGGGGCUGAGCUGCCCAAGCACUGCUUCUCCUGCACGGAUGGCUACGUCCUGGUCUACAGCACAGAUAGCCGAGAAUCGUUCCAGCGUGUCGAGCUGCUCAAGAAGGAGAUUGACAAGUCCAAGGACAAGAAGGAGGUCACCAUCGUGGUCCUUGGCAACAAGUGUGAUCUGCAGGAGCAGCGUCGUGUAGACCCUGACGUGGCCCAGCAUUGGGCCAAGUCAGAGAAGGUGAAGCUGUGGGAGGUGUCCGUGGCUGACCGCCGCUCCCUCUUAGAGCCUUUCAUCUACCUGGCCAGCAAGAUGACCCAGCCCCAGAGCAAGUCUGCCUUCCCCCUCAGCCGCAAGAACAAGGGCAGCGGCUCCUUGGAUGGCUGAAUAGCUGCCCUUCUUUCUUCACCAUUCCAUCUCCAUUCCAGGAUGAGUGGAGAGCACAGGGCAUACGCAAGCUAUUCUUCCCAGUCAGUAGGGGAGAGUCCCUCUAGGCCAGGAAGCUGGGCUGGCCUUCCCCGUGACCUUCUAUAAUAGUCCCCGCCCCACCCCCAGCUGAUCAUAUUUUCUCCUGUUACCUGGACACGUAUGGGUUAGUGUCCAUUCCGUCUGCCUAGUGCAGGAAGCAGUGCUGUCAUGCCAAAGUGCCCAGUCCUGAUCUGGCUCCUAUCAGGGAUCCCAACUCUCUGAAUUUCCUGCCAGUAACAUACACACAGUACCAGCCUGGGCUUGAAAAGAGUGACUAGGUGUUGUAAGCAUACAUUUAUAUUUAUGAGUGCUGGCUUAGGGUUGAUUCCUCAUCCUUCACCCUGAUCUUUCCCCUGGACUGUCCAAGCCUGGGUAAAGCCAAGCUCCUGGGAGUGACAUUUUCUGUUUGACCUCUACCUGUCUCCCAGCUCUUUCGCUUCCUCUUUCUGUUCAGGAGCAGAGGUCUCAUUGGCUGAGGUAGAGUGGUAGUGGUGACUGGGCUAUCACUUGCCCUGUGACUUAGCAAGGCUAUUCUCUGAGCAUCGGUCUUCUCAUCUGUGAGUUGACAGGAGCUUGGAUGAUCACUAGAGCCCCGGGUAGCUCUGUGAUUUUUCUAAAGCUGGUGGCUUGGGCCUCCUGUGUGUCUCUGCCCCUGCUCUAACUUCUUCAAGGUGCUACACCGACCAGCCCUAGAGGCUGGGCAAGCCUCUCGUAACCACCAGGGGGCAGGAGUGCACUCUGCUCAGUGGUGCAAGUGGCACACAGUAUGUGGACCUGCCUACAGGGCAGUGUCCGUCCCUCCUGGUUGUUCUUGGCUAGUAGCUGGACUUAUAUUUAUACUCUCUGUAUUUAUAUGCCUGCUGCCCUGGUGAAGGCGGGAUAAGCCGCACCUCUAGCCCUUCCUUCUUACCUCAGAUGCCUGAACAGAACCAGGCAAACCAGUAGCAGCUUCCUAGAAGCUGACAGGCCUUUCUUUAGAGGCUUGUGCUAUCAAGUGAGCUUAUAACCCUCAACUUGCGGUGCCCACUUUGUGCUUCUGAUGUGCACACUUCACAUGAGUUAGACACUACAGCCAAGCCACCUCCAAUUCCCACUCCUUCUUCCCGGAACAGGUGAGAAGGGGCUGGUGCCCAGGCCUGGGCAAGGAGAGUCAGGGCACCUACAGGCUCAGGCUUGAAGUUCAUUUAUUGAUGUGUUGGACACAAUAAAACCACAACUGCUGUUAUCAAAAAGUU